AGUAGAGUAGGUUUGAAAUUGCAUACAAAUUAAGUGCAAUUAAUUUUUAGCAAUUAUUUCCUUAAUUGUAAAUCAAAUCCAAAGUAAUUAUGAAUAAAUUUCGGAAACUCUUUGACAUCAGAACUCGGGAUCUGUUGGUGCCGACAGUGGCUGUCCUCACCAUUCAUAUCAUUUGCCUGAUGAUAAUGACAAUGAGCGUGAUCAACACCAAUAUUUGUGAGCGUUUGGUGGUGAACGAAACGCUAGCACAUGGACAUAAAAUGGCCAAGCGGUCAUCAUUAGGUGAAAUAGGUGACUUUAAUCGACAAAAUAAUGCCUCUAACAAUAUUCAAAUAGAUAACAGUACAACGAUGAAACCAAACAUUACUACGAGCCUGUCCACAAACUCGACGGCCACCCAAACAACAGUCGCGCCAAUUACUAUCACAACCGCCGCCUCGACAACAGUCGUGCCAAUCACUCCCACAAACACGACAGACGCUCCGGCAGUCAAGUCGUGGCACUCAUGUCUCGCGUUUACCAAGUAUUUCAUCAUAUCAUUCAUAUUGCUAUGGAUUGUAUGCAUAAUUGUGGAGACAUUGAUCGUUGGCUUUGCCAUCAGCGGUACCGAAAUGAAUACCGCCAUCGAGUGUCUCAUAAAGAUUAAGAUUGGACUGUUUGUAUUGGAGGUAUUACUGCUAAUAGUAAACAUCUCGUUGAUCGGUGACUACAUUGGGUUCUCAGCACCGGAUGGCCAGUCGUCGUGUCUAAAAGUGCCCACAAUGAAGACGGUGGUGGACCUGACCAUAUUCAAUUGGAUCAUUUUGGCCACUAUUUUUGUAGCCAUCAUAUGCUAUGUCCUCAAGAGAUUGAUCACCAAAAGUACCGAUAGUAUGGGCUUUUCACUCAAUGCUGUUCAUAAGCUUUAAACUACACAAAACAAUAAGA